AUGUCUGACGCUGCUGUGAAGCCCAACGCCUGGACCGAUGAGGCGAAGAACGAGCUUCUUCUGCGUAUCAUCGCCCAGUUGAAGCCCGAGGGCAAGUCCAUCAACUGGUCGGAGAUCAACAUGGAGGGGCGCACCGUCAAGAGUCUCCAGAAUCAGUGGACAUUUUUCAACAAAAAGAUCGAGGCCUUCAAGGCCCAGUCAACCGAUGGAAGCUCUCCUUCAACUCCUGCUAAGAAGGUGACUCCUCGCAAGCGGGUCCCCAAACCCAAGAAAGGCGGAUCCGAUGAAGAGGAUGCCUACGAGACGCCCAAGGUGACCCCUCGUAAGCGUCGCGCUCCUAAGACCCCCGACAGUGAGUCCAAGGCCGUCAAGAAGGAGCUCAGCGACGCCACCGUCAAAGAUGAGGAGAUGGACGACGAUGGCAAUGUCACUGGAGAGAUCUAG